CGAGAACCAAAAGUGUUCGGCGCACCUGGUAUGGGACUUGUUAGUCCUCCCGGUGCAACGGAAGAGCAGGGUGGUAAAGUGAAACCUUUCUUGAGAGUCAGGAUUGGAGGACUGGAGAGGAAUAGGAAGGAUCUGUUGAUACGAUUUGAUGCUAGUACAAACCUUCCAAACUUCCGAGCUACACUUUAUCGGAAUAUGCAACGAAGUUAUGUUGAAUUCCAACGAUUUGCCGAACAAGCUCAAUUAACCUCACCUCAAACCAUCAUACCCGCUCUACCACUACCCACCACAUCAGCAUUGACGGAUGAAGAAGAUGACCGCCUCGUGCGACUUUCCAUCCAACGAUGGUUCACUAGAAUCUGUGAAGACGUCGUAUUGAUGAAAGAUGAUGAAUUGCGUAAUUUCAUCGAAUCAGACUUUGGUUAUCAACCUGCACCUCCACCCACAUCUCGUCGACCGAUGUCAUCCGCUUCUGCCGUUCCUAAUGUUCUAUCCGCUGCGUUAUCAAAAGUCGUCCGACGGGGUCCUCUGGAUGAAGAUGAUGAACUUCAAUCCGCUCGUGUGGCUUUGGAAAAGUUAGAAGAACGAUGGGGUUCAGCCGCGGCGGCUGUUGGGAAUAUGGGCAGAGCAAGAAGAUCGAUGGCAUUAGCUACUGCUGAAAUGGGGGGGAAAUUAAUUUCUUUAUCCACUGUUGAAAGUGAUCAAUCUUUGGCCAAUGCGGAGAGAAAGAUUGGAAGGGGAUAUGAACAACUUUCCGGUGUCACUGGUGCUCAGGCGGCAAGUGAAAAUGUGGUAUUGAGUGAUUCUUUAGGUUAUCAAGCUUUGAACGCUCGAGCAGCCAAGGAUGCUUUGAUACAACGUACGGCUAUAUUGGAAGAUUCACAAAGUGCAGUCAAAGCGGCUAUCAAUAAACGUAGAAAUGUUGAAAGAUUGAAAGGGAGUUCGAAUAUAAACCCUAUCAAAGUGGAUGAUGCAAUCAGUGAGAUGGAAGAAGCAAACGCAUUAGAAUCUCAAUUAACUUCACGUCUCAACUCAAUCUCUACCAAUCUUCAUCUUGCCCUUCGUACACAUUCUCGUCAAACACACGAAGACGUAGCUUUUGUCCUACUUGAAAACGCUCGAUUAACUGUCAAUUUCGAAAAACAAAUUUUGAAAGAAUUAGAAUCUCUACGAUCAGACAUAUCUAAAAUC